AUGAAUACUGAACUUUCAAGACAACAGGCUACAAAUGCUGUGAAUUCUCUGCUUUCAAAAAUGUUACCUGGAAGUGCUAAAAUCGAUCAUAAUCGAAAGAAAAGACCGAACAGAGCUGGAGCGCCUGGAGCGCGGUUGAUCAAUCAGAAUUUGAAGAAGAGGGUCGAAUUGCAAGAGCGCGAUGUCGAGAGGAUAAAAAGAGGCGAAGCCCGUGCGAAAAAACGUGCGGUUAUGGCUCAGAAAGCCCGAGAAGAUGAAAGGACCCAGUUGGCGAAACUGGAAGUGUUGAGACAGCAUCAGAAGGACGAUACGCUGACUAAAAAGGAGCGCAAGUAUCUGAACAGCAUAAUUGCGCGAAACACAGCGCAGUUGCAAACUUGGGACGUUUCAAACCCAGAUUUGCAGGAUUUGCAAGACGCGAUUUUGGGCGACAGGAACCAGUUGUCGAAACAAGGCAGGAAAAGACGUGUCGGCUUUGUCGAGCAAAAGCAAGGUCAUGGCGACCAUCAUUUUGCGGGUUUAACACCCGGUCUUGCACCUGUGGGUCUAAGUGACGAAGAAAGCAGUGACGAAGAGUAA